GGCAGUGGCAGCAUCUUAAUUCUAUUGCCUCUUUGCCCUUUGCCUUUAUUCUCUUGUAAGAAGAGGCAAAUCUUCAUUCUUCUUCACUCUUCACAUCCAUCCAUAUCUACUCAGUACCCACCCACUAGUUUUCACAAACCCCCAAAAAAACAUGGUGGAACAGAGAAGUUGCAGCAACCUAGGAGGCCUUGUAUUCCCAUGUCUUCUUCUUCUGAUUAUCUCUUUUUCAGGAUGUGUUGAAGUUGAAGCAUACAAGAACUACACAGUUGGUGACUCAUUGGGUUGGUAUGACACCCUUCUCAAGCCUACUGUCAAUUACCAAAAAUGGGCUACUGGCAAGAACUUCUCUCUUGGAGAUUUCCUCAUUUUCAAUACUGAUAGUAACCAUUCGGUGGUACAAACAUACAAUUUCACAACAUACAAGCGUUGUGAUUCCUACAAUGCCCUAGAAAAUGACACCACCGAGUGGUCGACGACGGACCCUUCCUCCACCAGUAUACAGCCGGUCACGGUGGCGGUUCCUCUGGUCAAGGAAGGAAUGAAUUAUUUUUUCUCCGGCGACUAUGAUGGUGAACAAUGCAAAUUUGGGCAGCACAUGAAAAUAAAUGUGACAUAUGGACAAGGAUUGCCAAAAAGUUUGAUGAACCCGUCCGAUGAAGCCCCGGCACCGGCAAAUCCGAAUUCCGGCGACGAUCAAUCAGCACCGGACACUGUGGUUCCUGCAAAUUUCAGUAAUCCUCAAGAUAGUAGUGAUAAUGCUGUGGCAACAUCAGGGUCUGUUUCUUUAUCAACUGGUUUUCUAAAUGGAGUUCUUGUAUUGCUAGGGGUCAAUUUGUAUUAUCUAACAGGGUGAGAGGUAUUCAAAAAAAAAACAAAAAAAAAAAGUGCUUUAAACAAAAUAUUUUAUUAUUAUUAUUUUUUUUUUAUGACUUUUCUUGAGAGAAUGUUUUCUUUUCUUUUCUCAUUUAUAUUCAUUUGUGAGCUGUUAGAUCUAUAGGAAUGUAUGAUUGCAUUACGCUAAUUAAAUAUUUAUAUUUUCUUUCUUUUGU